CACGGCGUAAACCAUCUCUCUUAACGUGACAGUUCCGUGGCGGUCAGUUGCGGCCGGCGAAGUGAAAUGAGGACCCGCGUUCACCGUUGCCUCGAGAGGUUCUUCUUGUGAUCAGUUUUUUUUUUUUUUCUUUCUUUCUGAGUGAGACCAUGCCAUGCAGCGCGAUCGUGUUCGUCGAUUGACGGUUCGAUCCCACGCGAGGACACGAACAUUCGCGCGAAUGGAUCCAGGGACGGUACAGUGACGUUCGUUCCAUCUCUCCGAACGUUGGACGUCCACGAGAUCGUGGACGAUAUGUUGACACGCUGUUUUUUGUUUUCACACUGACCGAGUGCGGAAACCUCGAGGACACUCCGUAGAUCACCGUAGUUGGUACUUUUGUUUCGUUGUGCUCGAUCGAGAGAAACGAGUGUGAAGUUGUGUACAGAAAUUUCUUGGAACAUUAGGAGAAACCACCGUUUGAACGUGCAGUCGAAUAGAAAAGCUCGCGAAACUUUCUUGCGAAGAGAAACAGGUCUGAGAGAAACACUCUGUCUGUGAAUUCGCGCGAGGGAAUUACACACGACCGAUUGGCGGACGUAGCGUCGAGUGACUAGCAGCAGGAGGAGGGUGGAGGGGGACGGAGGAGCCAAGGGGCCGUGAUAUGUUUCCUUCGUCAGCGGCGAUGCUGAAGAAUCUGCAACAAAGUGCAAUGACCUCGCCCUUUUUGAUGGAGAACUUGCUCCAGAGCAAGGCGUCGCCCGGUGCGGACCUCACCAGCUUGACCUUGAACUGGGCGGCGAGUCUGGUAGCGAGACAGCGUGAACGGGAAUGCGAGGCGAGCCUGAGGAUCACCAGAGAGAAAGUCUCGCCGUCGAGCGCGAAUCAGGAUCAGCUGGAUCAGCGAUCGGCCACCGGCGCACGUGGCGCGGAUCGUGCAAGCACGAUGAUCGACUGCAGGGACCAUCAACGAGGAUCCUCGGUGAGGAUCGUCGACCGACAGAACGAUCGUAUGCACAUUCUACGGGAGAAGGACGGGAUGGAGAGGGGCCAGAUCACGUACGUGGACGUGGACAACGAGAGGAUCGACGGCCAUGUAAUCGUGGAUCGUCUCUGCGCGAUGGAGAGGCUCUGCAACGAGAGGAUCGAGAACCGAUCGAGCUCCGCGGUGGACUCGUGCAACUCGAACGUCGACGAGGAUCCGACCAGCAUCGAGAUGGACGGUGGGCUUCAAGGCGAGAGGGAAAAGGACGACGGGAUUCUAGGAGGUGGUGAACGCGUGACGGCGUUACAGCCGGACAGGCGGUACGACCUUGGAUGCAGAAACGUCAUGCACACGUCCGAUGAGAUGACGAUUCAAGGGGAGAGAGAGGUGGCGGUCGAGCGUGUCGUCGACAGGAUAGGCGAGAGAACGACCGCCUGUUCCUGCGGCGACGAGCAGUGCUUAGGACCCGCAUGCAGGACCAUCCAGGAGAAGGAGAAGCCGCAGCUCAAGUUCAGCGUCAACGCUAUACUCGGCGGUAAUCAUGACAGGCGACCGCAUUCGGAGAAUUUUCAAGGACUUCCGCCGGAAGCGAUACCGGCCUUCCUGCAAAAUCUGCAAAACUCGGCGAGCUACAACAUCGCGAAACCGAUCGCCAGACCGGCGGCUUAUCAUCCUUAUCACAGGCCGAGCCAUCAACCGCCUCAGCGCCAUUUGCCCCCGAAUGCGCAUCACACGUUGCAACAAUUGUUCUACAGGGGACCCUACCUAACAGUGGCGAGUUCCGGAACCGGAGGUCAUCAUCCCGGCGCUCCAGGUGGCGGGACAGCGUUUCCAGGCGCGAUUCAAGGCGGGCUGGGCGAUUUCACCAGCACCGGCCUGGUAUUCCCGUGGGCGACGAACGCGCGCGGAAAGCCUCGCCGUGGAAUGAUGAGACGAGCGGUUUUCUCGGAUCUUCAGCGACGCGGCCUUGAAAAGAGGUUUCAGAUACAAAAGUACAUCAGCAAGCCGGACCGUAAGAAACUGGCUGAGAAGCUCGGUCUGAAGGAUUCUCAGGUAAGUGGCAGAUCGUUCUUUCAAAAAAUUAUAUCAUCUUUGUCGUAAAAAAA